GUGUGCAUUCACCUGUUCAUAAUGAUGCUCAUUACAGCACCGGACGAUACGGCCAGUUUCGGCCUAGCUCUCGGGGGGUUAAAUAGAUACUACUGACUGCAGCAGGCAGUUUUAUGAACCACAAUAUGUAUGGAUGCCAUGUUUUUAGAGUUGUGGUUGGUUUAUGUGUGGCAUUUAUUUGUUGGACCAUUAUGUUGUUGAAUUCAAGAGAGCAGGGAAAUAUUGCACCUCCUGCCAUCCACGAUGCUACCACACGACUGAAACAACUGCAUUCUGAUGCUGGGAAUAGCACUGACGAAAACCUCAUUCUAAAGACUUGGGAUGGAAAUGAUUCGUCACAUACGACUAGACAGAAGUUGGAAAGAGCAACCGGCCCAUCACCCAUGAGUAUCACCAGCCAUACCAAGACUAACGUCCAACUGAUAUCACCAAGAGGACACAUUCAAGUCGGAGAUAUCAUCAAGUAUCGGAUUCAGACCAGAGAUUCCGAAGGGAGGGACCGGGUUAUAGGCGGGGAUUUCUGGUACGCCACACUUAACUCUGCCAAUCCGCAAGCUAGUACAGCUGGUUAUGUUGCUGACUACAAUAACGGUACAUAUGAAGUCACAUUUCUGGCAGCGUGGGCUGGUCAAGCUGAAUUCAAACUCAUUCUUGUGCAUCCAAGUGAGGCUGUUAACCACCUGAGAAAUGUGGUCUGGCCUGCAGAAGAGAGAGUAAUAUGGAAUGGAUAUUUUAAACAUAAAAACAAGAAAGAAGAAACGACAACUUGCUUUUUGAGGAGUUCCCGGCCAUGGACUGGACUGUGUCAAUACCCAUCACACAAUGCACUUGGGAAGACAAUUCUUGUUUGCCAGAAACCGAAAGAAUUGUCCUGUGAUGAUUUCACCUCUUACAAUACCAACUGGGAUAAAUGUAAUCAAACAGUGAACAAGUUAACACAAGGCGUACAGUAUCUAUUCAAGAGCCCGAACUUUAUGCAACCGGUGCGGAUACAGAAGAAUGAGACAAUACAAAUCGACACUGGAUUUCUCCCUGCUCUGGAUGACUUACCUCGAUGUCUGCCCGACCAAGAAAUACCAGCUGUCCAGGGUUAUUGGUUGAAUGGCAAAUGGCACUCAAUGCUCUGCAGAUUACCGGACUUCCCAAAGGACAUGCUGCGUAAGUGCCUUCGCGGCAAAACGGUCCUUUUACAUGGCGACUCAACCACAGGCCAAUGGUAUAAGGAAUUUUACAAAGCCUUACAAGUAGGUAGACCUGUGGAACAAAUUUCAAAUAAGAAAGGUGAAUUGAAGCCCGUACAAAGUUUUUUCCGGUCCAUGGACCUUACCCUAGCUUACUAUUUCCAUCCGGAUAGAGUGGGAGACCCAAUUUGGGGUCGCAAAGACAUGAAGUACGAGGUUGAUGUUCUUGACAAACUAACGACCCUCGACUGCCGCAGGUAUAUCAUUGUGCUCAGCCCCUGGGCACACUUCACGCUGUGGACAAGAGAGAGUUUUAUAGAACGGAUGGCAUUGGUGCGGAAUGCCGUACUUCGCUUACGCAAACGCUGUCCUAAAAUUGUAAUUGUUAUCAAAGGACCACACCCUAGACAUUUUAUAUUUUACUCGCAAAUUUUAGAGUUUUCUGAUUAUCUAGCGAAAGAAAAUGGACGUAUAUUGAUGGUUGCUUUUAAGGGCACAGGUGCUUUCUACCUACCCUUAUGGGACCUGAACCUGGCACACCCUUCACCCAACUUAAUGCACAUGCCAAAUGAAAUCAUCGUCCAGGAACUUAAAAUGUGUCUGGGAUACGUUUGUGAAAAUUUGACAUAUUAAUUCGUUGUGUAACCAACCGACUGGGAGUACCCAAUCAUUUGGUUACGUAGUUAUUUUAAUUCACCGAAUUCAAUUUAAUUCAAUUCAAUUCAAUACACGUUUAUUUCAUACUCUUGUUGAGAAAAAAAAAUUCUUUCCUUAUAAGUAACUUCAAUUUAUAAAGAAUACUUCCAGUUCGCUGAGGCGUUUAGGGUGUGGCGUGGAGCGAUACUGCAUUGGCAGCGCUUGACUAAUCAUUCCUGCACAAGAAGCGACAGCGGCAAGACGUGUUUUAAGUCUUCGUUCUUUCCGUUAUUUUUGGUUCACAACUUUAGUUAAAUUAGGUUGUAUUAUCUGUCAACAAAUUAAUGUCAAAGGGCUCCAUGCCACAGCCCAACGAAACCCGCUAUCAUAAUUCCAUCGAAGUUUCUGAGUAAGUAGUUGCAAAUUAUUAUUAUUAAAUAUUGGAAUUGCUUUACUUGAUAUAAAGCCUAUU